AUGGCAACACAAACCGUCUUUCGAUUCCCAACUCGCACUGCUGUCGAGGAUAUUGUCUCAGCCCAAGAGGAGAUUCCCUCUUUAUCCAAACAUGAAGUCCUCAUCAAAGUCCGCGCUGUAUCUCUGAACUCGAGGGAUAUCCAAAUUGCCACUUCAAAGUAUCCCACGUUUGUCAAGGACAACCCAAUCCCUUGCUCUGACGCCGCAGGAGACAUCGUGGCCGUCGGAGAUGAGGUGCGAGGGCUCGCCAACGGAGAUCGAGUGGUAGUCUCUUUUGACAUCGCGCACCAGUAUGGACCCCAGAAAGACUUCAUCACCACCCAAGGUGGUGGUGUCGACGGAGUCCUUGCGCAGUACAUCGCCCGCCCGGCUUCGAGCGUGGUAAAGGUCCCCGCCAGCGCGCCCCAGAGCUACAGCGAACUCGCUACACUUGUCUGCACUGGUGUGACUUCUUGGAACGCGCUUUAUGGCAACCUGCCUCUCAAGCCCGGUCAGACGGUUCUAGUUCAAGGAACCGGAGGUGUAGCAAUGACGGCGCUUGUGCUAGCCAAGGCUGCCGGUGCUACAACCAUUGUCACUUCGUCCAGUGAUGAAAAGCUGAAGUUUGUUCAGUCGUCCUUGCACGCUGAUCAUUGCAUCAACUACGCGAAAACUCCCGACUGGGCAUCAAAGGCGCUGGAGCUGACCGGUGGUAAAGGAGCAGACCACAUUGUUGAGAUCGGUGGAAUUGGAACCAUUGAGCAGAGUCUCAAAGCUAUUGCACCGGGUGGUGUGAUCAGCGUGGUUGGAUACCUUGCGAGCUGUGAGCCGGAAAAACGACCCGACGUGCCUCUCCUUGCAUUGCUCAAAAACUGCGUUGUUCGAGGUGUGUUGGUUGGCCCUCGCUGUAUGCUGGAUGACCUGGUGGCAUUUGUCGAUGGCCAGAAACUCAGGUUUCAUAUUGCGAAGGAAUACUCCUUCACGCGCGAAGGUGUUGUUGCAGCUUAUAAGGCCGUUCAGGAAGGGAAGCAUGUUUCCAAGAUAUGUAUUGCCAUGGACUAG